UUUAGUCUCACUUUCUUAUGCUAUAAGCUCAACUCUCCGAAGCGAUUUCUUUGAUCUCCAGUAGUCUAAGUUCCAAGACAUCUAGUGAUCAGAAGUUCCAACGCAGAAGCUUGAGAGUGACUUCCAAAGGUAAGAGGACGAAGCUGUAAUGGUCGAGUGUUAAUUUGUUCUUUUGAAAAGAUUAUUUUUCUUGAGUAAACAUUUUCUCAAAUUGUCUAUGCAGCUUGGAGAGGACUUAGACAUCAUGUUAGAAAUCCAAGAACUUCAAAAUCUUCUCCGUGAUAAACCGUCUCGCCAACUUUCAUAGUCGCCCAAACACCAUUACAAGGUCAGCCCCUCAGAGAUACGUAUUGAAAUACAAAUGCCGAGCCACUAAACUGUCUCCUUCUGUAAUAAUCAGUUUAUUUGGGAAGUAAAUAUAGGUUUGAUGUGUAUAUUCCAUCGAGAUUCUUAGAGGAAUCAGAAAGAUAACCUUAGCACCUAAGUUAUUCAGUGUAUAAAUCUUCGUCACAGGCUCACGAAGUCACAUGAAAUAGAUUGUCUUUUUAAGUUUUUUUUGUCAACGGAUUAUCUUUAAGUUAUCUCUAUGUUUAUGUAGUAAAUAUGUUGAUAUGCCUUGGAUAAAAAUGUGGUAUAACUCGUUGCAACAAAUAGCUGAAUAAUUUUUUCUCUACAUGUUGUAGUUUUGUUAAUUUUUAUUGGACCCACAUCCGCAAAUCUACUAUUUUUAGCGCUUCGAACUGGAAUACUCUGUCUGAUGCCUGUAUAACUAUUAAAUUCAAAAUUUAAAACUUCAUAAAAAAAACUUUUGUAGACGUAGAUAAUUGAUGAACUAUGUUAAAUCUCAAUAUCGUAUAUUUUCGUUUAUUCAUUUAUUCAUCUUUUUUAUUCAUUUAUUUUUGUUGUUCAUUUAUAGUAAAAUAUUUUGCUAUAGUAUAAAAUCAUAUGAGAUAUUUAAUAUAGAUUUGUAUAGAUUCAUAGUAAAUAAACAGAUUUGUUUGCAAAUCAAUACCAAUAAACAAUUAUUAUAUAUGUAUUGUUUGGAAUAGUGGCAAUUAAAAAUAGAGAAAACCAAAAAAAUGUACAAGAAAAAGGAAAAUUAUCUUCUCCUAAUUGUAAACCUGUAAAAGCAAAGAAAUUCACAUUUACUACUUUCUCGUCUCAGUGCUCUAUUAAAAAAAAAAAAACAAAGUCAUCCCCAAAGUUACAUCCAGCAACAACAAAAGAAUCAUAUAAGAAAAAGAAGAAAGAAGCCCUAAAAGUCUGAGAAUGGAGACUUGCUUGGAGUGCAAGAAACCUACUGAAACGGUGAUUGACAAAUGUACCGGCGACACAAUUUGCACAGAGUGUAGCCUCGUCAUCUCCCAUCACUACAUCGACGACAGCCAGGAAUGGAGAACAUUCGCCAACGACGACAACAGUGACCGAGACCCUAACCGCGUCGGUGGUCCGACCAAUACUCUUCUCAAAUCCGGAGGUCUCGGCACCAUCAUCGAUAAAGGCAGAGAAAACACUUCCUCUGUCUCCAAGACCAACUUAUACGAACUGUGCCGGGCACAGAACCUCGUCAGGAACACAGAAGACGAACUGAUCGAGAAAGCGUGCAGAGAAAUCAAAAGGAUAUCAGAAGGUCUAGGUCUAAUAACCGGUGUCAAAUUUAGGGCUUGCGAGAUCGUGUCUAAAUUCGAUGGUGACAACAGCAAGAGGUUACGCAGAGAGAAACACUUGAAUGCUCUCUGCGCGGCGGCUGUUUCAACGGCUUGUCGUGAGCUGAAACUCUCGAGGACGCUGAAAGAGAUCUCUCUGGUGGCUGGUGGUGUGGAUUUGAAGGAUAUAAACAAAGCGAGUAGGUUAAUAAGGCGUCUUGUUGGUUCGGAUCAAGACGAGUUGGCUGCCGCAUCUGCUGCUCCUCAGGUGAUUAUCAACACUGGAGAACUUGUUAGCCGGUUCUGUUCCAAACUUGACAUAAGUGUAAGAGAGACAAACGCUAUUCGAGAAGCCGUUGAAAAAGCUGAGAAUUUCGAUAUCCGGAGAAACCCUAAGUCGGUUCUUGCUGCUGUUAUAUUCAUGAUUUGUCAGCUAUCUCAGACCAGAAAGAGACCUAUUCGAGAAAUUGCGGUGGCUGCUGAAGUAGCGGAGAGUACCAUCAAGAACGCCGCUAAUGAUAUGUACCCUUACGCCUCGAAGAUUAUACCAUCUUGGUAUGCUUCUGAAGAAGACAUCAACAAGAGGUUAGGAGGUACCAUAGGUUCUUGGGAUGCUGCAAAACUAACCGCUUAGGCAAAACCUCUACUUGCGGAAGAAGUCUCUGGGAUUUAUGUCGAAGAAGAAUGUUUAACUAUGUUCUAAAAUGUACUAUCUAACUGAAAG